GAAAAAAAAAAAACAAAAAGGAGAGAGGAAGGACUUGAAUUAGAAAAUGAAGAGUGCUUUUUUUCUGUGUGUUUUAAUUGUGUUCUUCCACCAAUGCUUUGGAGAUCAAAACGAAGAAGCAAAUGGAAAUGGUGUUGUCAAAAUAGGGGUGGUUUUGGAUAUGGAUUCAUUGGUUGGAAGAAUGGGAAAUAUGUGCAUAAGCUUGGGACUUGAAGAUUUCUACAAGGACCAUCCUAACUUCACCACUAGACUCACUAUCUCAGCGAGAGAUUCAGGUGGAGAUGUUGUCAAGGCUGCUUCAGCUGCUUUGGAUCUCAUCAAGAACGUAGAGGUGCAAGCAAUAAUAGGGCCUCAAACUUCAGCACAAGCCCAAUUUUUAUCAGAGCUUGCCAACAAAUCCCAAAUCCCCGUUAUAUCCUUCUCUGCAACCUCUCCAUCUCUCUCCUCAACCCACACCCCCUAUUUCGUUAGAGCAAUACCCAAUGACUCAAUCCAAGCCAAACCCAUUGCUUCUCUCAUCAAAUUCUACAAAUGGAGACGAGCCAUUGUUGUAUACGAAGACACGGAUUACCGAGCCGGCUUCAUUCCUUACCUGACUGAUGCUCUCUCAGAGAUUGGCUCUCGUCUUCAGCGUAGAACCCUUCUGCCCUCCGUUGCAAGUGAUGAAUUGAUCAGAAAGGAGCUCUACAAAGUCAUGACCAUGCAAACUAGAGUUUUCGUAGUCCACAUGUCGUCUCCUCUUGCAUCUCGCUUUUUUCGACAGGUUAAACAACUCGGAAUGAUGAGUAGAGACUAUGCUUGGAUCAUAACAGAUGGGCUCACAAACUUGUUGAAUUCUAUGGAUCCUUGGACCAAAGACUCAAUGCAAGGGGUUUUGGGAGUGAGAGCUUAUAUUGAAGGGACUCAGCGUUUGGAUAAGUUCUCAACUAGGUGGAAGAGAUACUACAGGAAAGAGUACCCAAAUGAAAUUGACAUCCCUCAUUUCAAUGUCUUUUGUUUAAGAGCCUAUGAUGCAACUAGGGUUUUGGCAUUGGCAGUGGAGAAAUCCGGUGCCGGCACUGAGAAUAUCGGUUUCCUGCGAGGUACCGCAGGACAAAUGGCUGGGAAUUCGACGGAUUUAUCUACUUUAGGUAUUUCACCGGCCGGCCCACGGCUAUUAAGUGCCAUAUUAGACACUAAACUCAAGGGCUUAACCGGCACUAUCCGGUUUGUUAACGGUGAAAUACAAGGCUCAACCUUUCAAAUAGUGAACGUUGUGGGCAAAUGUGAGAGAGAAAUUGGGUUUUGGUCGACGGGAACUGGAAUUUCCAGGGAGUUCAGUCGGAAAAAGGUUGAUAAGAGGAGGGAUGAUGAGGCAAAUUUGGGACCGGUGAUCUGGCCUGGGGAAUCGACGGUGACCCCCAAGGGUUGGGUGGUCCCCACCGAUGGGCCCAAGUUGAAGGUUGGAGUUCCGGUUAGGAAGGGGUUUGAGGAGUUUGUGAAGGUGGAACGCUUGGAUGGGCGACCGACGACUACAGGGUUUUCAGUUGAUGUGUUUGAUGCGGUUGUGAAGGCGUUGCCAUAUAGACUCGAGUACGAGUUCCUUCCUUUUUUUAUUUAUUCUAAUUCGACUUCCUUUCUUCCUUUUGGUGAUGAUAAUAAGAGUGAAGCGGGUACAUACAAUGAUCUGGUUUACCAGGUCUUUCUUGGGAAAUACGACGCUGUUGUGGGUGACGUGACGAUAGAAGCAAACCGAUGGCGUUAUGUUGAUUUUACGCCACCCUACACAGACACUGGGAUGUCAAUGAUCGUGCCGAUGAGGGAGGAGAGGGUAAGUAGAGCACUGACUUUCUUGAAGCCAUUCACAUGGGAGCUAGGGAUGACCACUGCAUGUUUCUUCUUUUUCAUGGCAUUUGUGGUCUGGGUUUUGGAGCACCGGAUAAAUGAAGAUUUUCGAGGUCCUCCGAGUGAACAAAUAGGCAGGGCUUUGUAUUUUUCCUUCUCAACGCUCGUCUUUGCGCACAGAGAUAAAAUAACUAGCAAUUUGACACGAUUCGUGGUCAUCCUAUGGUUAUUUGUGGUGCUCAUAUUAACCAACAGUUACACUGCAAAUUUGGCCUCAAUUCUCACAGUUGAGCAAUUACAACCCACUGUUACAGAUGUGCAAACUCUGAUAGACAAAGGAGAUUAUGUGGGACACCAAGGUAGUUAUUUUAUAGAGGAUUUCUUGAAGAAGUUGGGAUUUGCAGGGUCAAAGCUUAAGGUAUUUGACACUGCUGAAGAGUAUGCUGAGGCAUUGUCAAAGGGAAGCUCUCAUGGAGGGGUUGCUGCAAUCUUUGAUGAGAUUCCUUAUAUCAAGAGCUUUCUCUUGAACCGCACCAAGGAUUUCAUGAUGGCCGGGCCAACUUACAGGACUGGAGGCUUUGGCUUUGUUUUUCCUAAGAACUCCCCAUUAUUUUCCGACAUUUCCUCUGCCGUCCUCAAUGUAACAGGAGGGGAGAGAAUGGAUUUACUGGAGAGAAAAUGGUUUCCCCAACGAAACACAAAUUCCCCCUCCUCCAAAGGCUUGAACCUAGAUAGAUUUUGGGGCCUCUUCCUCAUUGUUGGAACGGCUUCCAUGGGGACUCUAAUCAUCUUCUUCAUGGGCUUUUGCAAUGAGCAUUGGAACAGAACUGCAACUGAAACAACACCAAUGAACAAAGGCUUUUGGCCAAGAAUUGUCGCCAUGGCUAAACACUAUGAUGAGACAGAUCUUUCUUCGCAUACUUUUAGAAGAAAACAAAGGAAAGAGGGAGAAACAGAAGAGAAUAGAGACGUUUCUCUUGCCCCAUCAGUUACAGAGAACCCUUUGAGCUCCCAUGCCAAGACAGAACGCCUCUCCAUUGAGGAUGGUUCACCACAUCAUAGUAAUUCAGUCUCUGCCGACGGUGAUGAUGAUGAUGCACCCAUACAAGAAAGGCAUGCUCCAACUCCAUGAUGCUUAGUGUCGUGUUCAUUUUUUGGCUCAUUGAUGAAAUGGGUUUUCAUAUGCAUUAGCAUUGCAACUCGUCUAUGGAAUAUAGACUACACCAAGAUUGCAAACUAUUCGACCUGUGGACAUAUCUACAUAUUCUCCAAAGCACAUUUUUAUCUCCUCACGUAAUUUUAUACGUUUUCCCCAUAUAUUGAUUAACUUUACGCAAUAAUUUCAUCAUAGAACUUGUAUAUCUAUGUAAAAUGUUUCUUUAUUCCAUUUAUUUGAUUCUAGUCAUUCUAGGCCCUUUACAGCCAUCUGCACUGACACAUAAUGCAGAAUGAUACUGAUACUAUGCCAACUCCGUGCCAAUAUGAUAUUUGGGUCUCUAUUUGGAUCCCUGCAAAAGGAUUACCUGAAAUGAUUUCUUAGAGUUUAUUUAUUUAUUUAUUUGUUUUCUUAUUUUUAUUUAUUUAU